GGAAAUUUGCUGUCUUUAUGAAUAUUUUCGGAAAAUUUCCUAUGCCUUUUAGGCUGUCUGUUUUAAUAUAUGGUAUAUUUUAAAAUCUGGCCUGAAAAAUUAAACGGUAUAUAGGAAGAAUUUUGCACUUUUGGUCCAUGACGCAUUAACCGGUGAUGUAUUCUAGUGUGCUGACUAUGGCUGAUAAUUUUUUGGGCGGCUGUUCGGUAUGAACAUUGUGUGAUCUGCCCUGCGGUGGAUUGUUCAACAUCCAAAAUGUCCCAGUCAUCCACCGCUGAUGAGGGUACAACCUUUGAACAUUUGUGGAGUACCCUUGAGCCAGACAGCACAUAUUUUGAGCUUCCUCAGGCAGGACACUCAGGGGACCGGGCUUCUAGCAGCCUGCCCAGCAACCGCGCUGAAGUCUGCAUGGACGUCUACCACAUGAGAGACAUGAACGACAAUGUCAUGUCUCAGUACAGCCUACUGAGCAGCAGUAUGGAACAAGGUUUGGGGAACAGACCAGCAUCUACCAGUCCCUACAGCUCAGAGACCACCUCCAACGUGCCAACGCCAUCACCCUACUCUCAGCCAAACUCAACCUUCGAAGCCAUGUCUCCAGCCCCGGCCAUCCCCUCCAACACUGACUACCCUGGGCCGCACAACUUCGAGGUCACCUUCCAGCAGUCUAGCACCGCCAAGUCAGCCACCUGGACGUACUCUCCAUUGCUGAAGAAACUGUACUGUCAGAUUGCCAAGACCUGUCCGAUUCAGAUCAAGCUUGCUUCCUCGCCCCCAAACGGCAGCGUGAUACGAGCCAUGCCCAUCUACAAGAAGGCUGAACACGUCACAGAGGUGGUCAAACGCUGUCCUAACCAUGAACUUGGACGGGACUUCAAUGAAAGUCAGACAGCUCCUGCCAGUCACUUGAUACGGGUGGAAGGCAAUAAUUUGAGUCAGUAUGUGGAUGACCCUGUGACAGGCCGACAGAGUGUGCUAGUUCCCUAUGAGAAUCCACAGGUGGGGACUGAGUUCACAACCAUUCUAUAUAAUUUCAUGUGCAACAGCAGCUGUGUCGGUGGAAUGAACCGCAGACCCAUCCUCAUCAUCAUCACGCUGGAGACACGAGAUGGACAGGUUCUCGGUAGGCGUUCGUUUGAGGGCCGGAUUUGUGCGUGUCCGGGUCGUGACCGCAAAGCAGAUGAGGAUCAUUUCAGGGAGCAACAGGCGCUAAAUGAUAGCGUGGCCAAAAAUGGAAAUGCCAAUAAACGAAACUUCAAGCAGAAUCCAGCCAAUAUUACGGGGCCUUCCAUCAACAUCAAGAAGAGGCGACAUGGAGAAGAAGAGAUGUAUUACAUACCAGUGCGUGGUCGGGAGAAUUUUGACAUCCUGAUGAAGAUAAAGGACAGUCUGGAACUUGUGGAGUUUGUACCACAGCAGUUAGUGGACUCAUACAGACAACAACAACAGCAGCUCCUACAGAGACAGAGUCAUAUUACCUCUCCGUCUCCAUAUGGCACACUCAAUAACAUGAACAAGAUGCACGGGUCCAUCAGCAAGCUUCCCUCAGUGAAUCAGUUGGUGACACAACAGACUCAGCAGAGCGCAGGACCCUCUGCAUCCAUGUCACAUAUGGGAACCAACAUGCUGGGUGGACACCACAUGCAGUCUAACGGCGACGUGAAUGGAGCUCACCCGUCACAGUCUAUAGUGUCCACCUCUCACUGUACCCCUCCCCCACCUUACAACCCCGACCCCAGCCUCGUCAGUUUCUUAACCAGCCUGGGCUGCCAAAACUGUAUCGACUACUUCACGUCCCAGGGACUCCAGAGUGUGUACCACCUUCAGACUCUUUCUAUGGAGGAUCUUGGGGCCCUGAAGAUCCCUGAGCAGUUCCGGCUGGCGAUCUGGAGGGGCCUGCAGGACAUGAAGCAGGGCCACGACUACAUCCGCUCCAGCAGUAACAUGGCCACGAUGGCCAUCGGCCCCGGAGGAGAACUGCAGCGCCAGCGCGUCAUGGAGGCCGUGCACUUCCGGGUGCGUCACACCAUCACCAUCCCGAACCGCAGCGGGGCCACGGGGGGAGACGAGUGGGCCGACUUCGGCUUCGAUAUGCCCGACUGCAGGAUACACAAGCACUCCAUCAAGGAGGAGUUUGCAGAAAGCGACCUUCGCUGAGAACCGUUUUCCAUCUCUAUAUUGUCCGUACUGGGUUCUUAAAAUUGCAAUGGACGGUUUAUAUUUUCCAUAUAGUCGCACUUCCAUGUUUGACAACGAAUGAUUUGAUGAGUAUAAAUUCCUUUUUUAUGAGCUCCGAGGUUCAAGCGAAUCAUUUUAUUAGAUGGCCUUAUGCUAAUAUUACAUCACACACACUCAAAAAAAAAUGUACUAAAAUGAAUGAUAUUAAUAGGAUGUAGUUAUGAAUGGUUAGAAGUGGUGUAUGAUUUAAAAAUAUUGCCUUAUUUAUUUUUUUUGGCUUGUUGUUAAUUAUAAUUGUGCAAUCAUGUAUGAUAAAAGGAAAAAAAAAACGUGUAAAGUAAAGUCCGUAGAUAACAUGGAUACUUUGACCCACUAAAUCAUACUUUAUAUUCACUUAUUUUGACAAAGCUAUAUAUGUAUAGCUAUGUCAGAAGGCAUUCUGUAUUUGAUUUAUUGUCUCAUUACAUUGGCAUACCAUAACUAUUAUUUGUACGUUAUCAAAGUUUUACAAUGACAGUGAUGAAGACCGCACCAUAGAAGUGCAGGUAAAUUUAUAGGUAACAGGUUUUUUUUUUUUUAACAGGACAUCUUUUACUGCUUUUGAAGUGGUAUUUUCUUAAGUAUUAUGUUGUUGAAAGGAGACACUGUAUCCCCAGAAGCAUUUUUUUUCAAUGCCUUUACAAUCAGACUUUUAAAGUUCACCUGUUUUGUGGUUUUAGCCUUGCAGGACAAGGUUUUAUUUAUCAUGUCUAUUUUUACUUUUUUAGGUGCCUUAUGUUAAAUGUUAUCAUUUUAUUGUCUCUAAUUUUAGGAUGUUAUUGAUGUUAAUUAUGGCUCAAUCAAGGUACUAAGGUGAAUCUUACAAGCACAAUUCCCGGUCACAUUUCAUACCAGAAUCAAAAGAAAAAAAUUUCAAAAGAAAACAUUUUAAAUUAUAAUUUUGCAUAGACAUUAGGGCUAUUCUAAUUUUUGACAUUGUGCCAUUAUUUGAAAAAUCAUAGUAAUGCGUUUUUAAAUCAACAUAAAGCACAACAAAUACUACCAUGAUGUAUAAAUACAUUCAUAUUAUGUGCAUUACCCCAAUAAGAAUUUUGGUGCUACAAUUUGUAAUUGCCUUAAAAUUUUAAAUUUGGCAUUUAAUCAAAAUAUAAUUCUAAUUUAUUUUUUAUGUUUUUUUUUUAUUUUGCGGCUGAAAAUGACCUGAACCUCAUUUUGUGAUUCACCUGUCUCAAGACAAAAUAACUAAAUCUUGAAUGUUCUCUUUAAGACCCAGAUUUACUUUAAUAUCACUAGAACUAUAGUUCUAAGACAAAGUCUGAAGUACUUUAGUUCAGCUGACCCACACAAGUAUCAUGGUAUGAUCCCAGAUCCCAUCAAAAACCACUGCUCGUAAUACAGAAACGUGUUUCAGACGAGUUUCAGUCUUCAUCAAAGGAACAUUGUCCUCUAUGGAAAAUAAGGAAUGAAAUUACAUGUCUUACUCCUACAGUCUGUGUAUAAAACUGAACUAAGAGCUGUCUUGAACAUUAAUAAUUUGGUGGAUUGUAUAGUUAAAGGUACAUCUGUAACCUUUAUUCAACAAGCUAAUGCAUUUGUAAAUAACUAGUGUUAACUAUAUUAUUCACAUGAUAACAGCACAUCUUAAAUUGGAUGCCACUAAAGUGUCUCAAGAGGUUCAAAAUGAGGACAAAAUGAGGAUUUUAAAUUGGCCAUGAUGGUGAAAUGCCAUCAUAUCGAUCCAAGCACUUUAUGGCUUUAGGAUAUUGUAAACUAUGUUAUAUUUGCAGUAAAUAUCAGUCAGUAUUAUGUCACGCUGUGUCAUUUUGACAACUACAGAUUUUAGAAAUGUUUUUAAGAGUUAAUAUCUUGUGUUUUCAUUAAAGAGCUGUUAUGCUGUUUCUUUUUUAUAUCGCCAUGUUUGAAUUAUCAUGUAAAGUGAUUUCUUUUUCAAAUAAAUACUAAAGUGUGUAAAACUGA